CAACAGUGUCGAGAACCCUUAACAGAAGGCCAACUGUCAAUCAAAGCCGAGAGGGCGGGGCCUAAUAAAAUAUGGCACGCCCACUGCUUUGUGUGCGGCGUCUGUCGCGAACUCCUCAUUGACUGGAACUACUUUUUCCAGGAUGGCGUCAUCUACUGCGGACGACACCACGCCGAGCUGCUGAAGCCGAGAUGCGCUGGUUGUGAUGAGGUCGGCAGGAAUAUUAUUAUAAUAAUUACAAUUAGGAGGAAUAUUAUUAUAAUAAUUACAAUUAGUCAUAAUUAA